CUUCUCAUUCUUCAGCCUGGCUGACGACACUGUGGGCUUUGAGUUGGGCCUGUUAUUUACUCGGCUCGAGCUGUCGCUGCUGGUGGCUCCUAGUCCGUCCCGAGUGACUCCCAGAGCCGUGUCAGCACUCUUACUGCCGGCGGGACCAUGCCUGGCCCCAGCUGUUCCCGGGCCGCCCGGCUAAUCACCUGCUCGCUGCACAGAGGUUUUGUAUGUGGCCGGGGCCAUUUGUCUGUUUAUAGAAAACCAGGGAAUUUUGAAACAUACGUUCUAAGAAAGAUCCCACUUAGAAACUUUUCUGCAACGCCUGUGUGUUUCACAUCUAAAGAUGGUGCCAGUAAAGAUGGCUCUGGAGAUGGAAAUAAGAAAUCUGUGUCAGAGGGUGGAAGUAAGAAAUCCUCAGGGGGUUCUGGUAAAGGUGGGAAUCAACUGCGUUGUCCAAAAUGUGGAGACUUAUGCACCCAUGUGGAGACUUUUGUCUCAUCAACACGUUUUGUGAAAUGUGAAAAAUGCCAUCACUUCUUUGUUGUGCUUUCGGAAUCUGAUUCCAAGAAGACAAUGAACAAGGAACCGGAGACUGCUGCUGAAGCUGUGAAACUGGCAUUUCAGCAGAAACCACCACCUCCUCCAAAGAAGAUCUACAACUACCUCGAUAAAUAUGUGGUGGGUCAGUCUUUUGCAAAAAAGGUGCUAGCUGUUGCCGUUUACAAUCAUUAUAAGCGGAUAUACAAUAACAUCCCAGCAAACAUCCGGCAGCAAGCAGAGGUGGAAAAACAAGCAUCCUUAACCCCAAGAGAGUUAGAGAUGAGAAGACGGGAGGAUGAGUACAGAUUUACAAAACUGCUGCAGAUUGCUGGAAUCAAUCCACAUGGAAAUGCCUUGGGAGCAUCCAUGCAACAGCAAGUAAACCAGCAGAUGCCACAGGAGAGGAGAGGGGGUGAAGUGUUGGAUUCAAACAAUGAUGACAUUAAGCUGGAGAAAAGCAACAUCCUUCUGCUGGGUCCUACAGGCUCUGGUAAAACUCUACUGGCACAGACUCUUGCAAAAUGCUUGGAUGUUCCCUUUGCUAUAUGUGACUGUACCACACUGACCCAGGCUGGGUAUGUUGGAGAGGAUAUUGAGUCUGUGGUUGCCAAAUUGCUUCAGGAUGCGAACUAUAAUGUGGAUAAGGCACAACAAGGAAUCGUAUUUCUGGAUGAGGUUGACAAGAUAGGCAGCGUCCCAGGCAUCCAUCAGCUGAGAGAUGUUGGCGGUGAAGGAGUUCAGCAAGGUUUGUUGAAGCUUCUAGAGGGCACAAUUGUCAAUGUCCCAGAAAAAAAUUCAAGAAAACUACGUGGCGAAACUGUUCAAGUAGACACAACAAACAUCCUCUUUGUGGCAUCAGGAGCAUUCAAUGGCCUCGACCGGAUCAUCAGCAGGAGGAAAAAUGAGAAGUAUCUAGGAUUUGGCAUCAUCUCGAAUUUGGGCAAAGGUCGCAGAGCGGCGGCAGCAGCUGACCUCGCAAACACAAGCACAGAAUCAAACGCCGUGCAGGACAUCGAAGAAAAGGAUCGUCUACUUAGACAUGUGGAAGCCAGGGAUCUUAUUGAAUUUGGCAUGAUACCAGAGUUUGUUGGGCGCCUUCCUGUUGUUGUUCCACUACACAGCCUGGAUGAGGAAACACUUGUGCGCAUCCUUACUGAACCACGCAAUGCAGUGGUACCACAAUACCAGGCAUUGUUCAGUAUGGAUAAGUGUGAAUUAAAUGUCACAGAUGGUGCUCUGAAGGCCAUUGCAAGGCUUGCCCUUGAAAGAAAAACCGGUGCUAGAGGACUCAGAUCAAUCAUGGAAAAGCUCCUCCUGGAACCCAUGUUUGAGGUCCCGAAUUCAGACAUAGUCUGUGUGGAGCUGGACCAGGAAGUAGUGGAGGGGAAGAAAGAACCUAGUUAUGUCAGAACACAAAACAAAGAGGUAACCGAGGAAGAGUAUGAUUCUGGAGUGGAGGAAGAAAGAUGGCCCCGUCAAGCAGAUGCUGCAAACAACUAGACUUUGCACUGUUUAGUACAGUAACACAAUGUUUUAUUACCUGGAAGCCCAACACUCAUUUUGAGGGUUACAUCAAGCAGAUGCGUUUUAAGAAAACACUUCAGGUUUUUACAGCUGAGGGCAGUAUUGAUUUGGUAUCCAGACACAAUGCUGUGCAUUUAUAUGUGGAGGUGUUUUUUUUUUUUCUUCUUUUCUUUAGAACAAGAAACCUAUCAUUUUGUUUUUAAUUUUAAAGUAAUUUUGUUAACACUGUAAACUAGUCAGAUUCCAGUUCAUUAAACGCUUAUAGGAUCUGGACAGAGCUGUCGGUAGUAUGCAUUUUGUUUAUUUACGUGUCUGAUUAGUGAAAAUGGCACCCCCCCCUUAAUAUUAUCUAAUAAAACCUCAUGCCUGCGACUCCAUCAAAGUAAUUGACCAAGUACCUUUGCUUUCAGAAAAUGGAGCGUUCAAUGAAAUUAUAGCUUACUAGAGUGUGCGUGAAUAUUAUCAUGGAUUGGAUGAAUGACUAGAUUCAGAAUAUAAUUUAACGUCACAUAGCUCAAUAAAAUUGUUCAUGCAAUGGAGGAAUUAAAAGUGGCUUUCAUUUAUACCAUCAAAGGUAUGUGGUGGCAGCAAAAAAUGGCGUAACUACAUCCUCCAGUAACUAUUGGCUGCAUAAAACUUGGAUUGAGAGAAUGGUUGUAUUUCAACAACUGGCUGAGUUUAUCUUAGUCUUAUCAUUGGCCCUUAUCACUGGAUGUGUUUUUUUUUUUUUUUAAUUCCCCUCCCACCUCCUUUUAAUGACUGGUUUAAAAUUGGGUUGUCGCAUUGAAUCUACACAUUUUCAGACUAUUCAUCUUCUACCACGUGGAAAUUGUUAACAGAAGAAGCUCUACUCCUUUACAUCCUGUCAAAUACUCUCUCAAAUUUCAACAAUUCUUCCCUUGCCAAGAUUAAAUGAUUUUCAAAUGGUUAUUCUUCAUAGAAUCAUCAUACAUGACUGAUUUCUUGAUUAACUCACCUCACACCAGCUGGGAGACCCAGCUAUAUGUGUAUAGUGUGCAGCAGGCCCUCCAGCUGUGAAAUAAGAUAUGGAUAUUAUGAACUGAUUUUAAGUUAUAGAUAUAUGCUUGUCUAACUUUUGAUUUUAGAAUUUCACUCAAACGGAUGAUGUUAAUCCCUCUUGACACCUUGAAUAAAAAGUUUUUGUUCCUUUAGCCAAAAGUUUGAAACACUAAAGGACCUAUGUUUUCAUUUUUGUAAUUCAUUUAAAUGAAUUAAACAAAUACGAAAAAUA